GCUGGGGCAGCGGUUCGAUGGCGCUGAGCGGAGAGCGGCAGGCAGCGGCCCUGGGCCUAGCACUGCGGCUGCUGUUUGGCCUCGGACUAAGCCUAGAGGUCGCCCCGACCCCGGUCCCGAGCCAGACCCCGGUCCCGAGCCAGACCUCGGCCCAGGCCCCGGGCCUCAGCAUAGUCUCGUGCUCGCCCACCCAAUUCCAGUGCCGCACCGAUGGCUUCUGCGUGCCCCUCACCUGGCGCUGCGAUGGUGACAGCGACUGCGAAGAUGGCAGCGACGAGGAGGACUGCAGGAUCAAGCCGUGUACCCAGAACGGACAGUGCCCACCACCCACUGGCCUACCCUGCUCCUGUGACAACAUCAGUGAUUGCCCUGGCGGCCCUGACAAGAAUUUUUACAACUGCAGCCGCAGGCGCUGCCCAGCAGGAGAGCUGCGUUGCACGCUGGGAGAUACCUGCAUCCCACACACGUGGCGCUGCGACGGCCACGCAGACUGUCCCGACUCCAGUGACGAGCUUGGCUGCGAAACCAGCAAGACCCUCCAGGGAGGGAGUACCAUAACCAUGGGGACCCCUGUGACGCUGGAGAAUGUCACCUCUCUCAGGAAUGCUGCAGCCUCAUCUUUUGGGGACCAGUCUGGAAUCCCAAGUGCUUACGUGGUUGUUGCAGCUGCUGUGGUGCUGAGCACAAUCCUGGUUGCUGCCAUCUUCCUGGUGUUGUUAAGGCUCCGAGCCCAGGGGUACUUGCCCCCGCUGGGGCUGCUGGUCACUGUGAAGGAGUCCCUGUUGCUGUCAGAGCGGAAGAGCUCGCUGCUCUGAGGACGGAGUCUUGCCACCACUCCACCUUGACCCCGAGUGCAGCCCAGUGAGAGGAGAGUGGUGGAUGGAGAUGUGCAGGCAGC